AAAUGUACUCGCACAAACAAAACGUACCUUCCGUACCGGAGCUGCACAGCCACGUGCCCUCGGCUCCAAUCCCCGAUCCAGUCACUCGUCGUCCGUUGAUUUCAACUGCCCCGAAGAGUUCGGGUACUACCCACACCCCACAGACUGCACGCAGUACUACGUAUGCGUGUUUGGUGGGGCUCUACUGGAAAGCUGUACCGGUGGACUGAUGUACAGUCACGAGCUGCAAACCUGUGACUGGCCGCGCAACGUGGGCUGUGAUGCUCCACCGCUGAGCGGACCCACCGCUCCCGAACGACCAGCCGUGACUCCACGAGUACCGCAGGUGCUGUCACGGAUCCGGUUUUCCAGCGCUCCAUCGGCGCCUUCUGCACCGUCCGGCCCAUCCGGACCCAGCGGUCCUUCAGGACCAACCGGACCUGAACCAUCAGCUCCAGCACGUAUCCAACAAGUUCACUCUCUGCCACCACCACCACCGCCAGCACAUAUCAACCCUGUGAUCACCACUCGUGGACAACCGAAAAAUUCUCCCCAAGAAGAUAUUGCCAAGCUCUACGAGGAAGCUCACGACACUUUACCCCCAGUCGAAGAGGAAGAAUCCAGUCGUCCACAGCGUAUCUACCGUGGUCAGCCUAGCACUGUUACUCAGGUUCAGCGCGAUCGGGACGGAAUCCUUCAGCAACCGAGCGUGAAUGCCAUUCCAACACAGGCUAAAGUAGGUUCCUUUGCGUACAGUGCCCAGCCGCAGCCUUUCAGUGACGAAGACAAAUUGCAAGACCUAGACUACGAAGCGAAUGCUACGGACUCCAAACCGCUUGAUCGCAAGAAACGUGACGUUGUCUCUGACGAACCGGCAAACCCGGACAAAACAAUCGAUCCAAUCGAGACCGAAGGUAGUACAAAUGAUAACCGACACGUGAAACGUUCUAACCCAGAUGAAACCGCUCCAAUUGGAGAAAUACCGGAUCUGGCUGAUCUGGAGGAAGAAUUUGAUGGCGAAGAGGGUGCGCGCAGUGCUCGACAGCUAAGGCCAUUGGGAAACUGGCAGUACAGAUCGUUGGACACUGCACUCUCCCGCCAGAACGCCUUCCCCCAGAGCAGCUACGAUCCGUUCUCCUUCACCGCUGGACCAACUCCCGCAAUCCAUAUUAAAUCCGGCGCACGCUACUACCAACCACAACAGUACAGUAAGAAAGAAAUUACUAACAACUAUAACGACUACCUCGAAGCAUACGUUAAAGCCAAACAGGGCUCACAAUACCUGCGACCAGUAGAAGUCACCCGCCAUAAGACCGCUGGUCUACAAAACUACAAAACAGUUACCAAAAUAACGCCUCAGGAUAGCCUUAUCCCAUUACUGAUCUCCAAUCAAUCACCGAGGCCGCAACAGUAUCAAACCGCAUUUACAGCGUCCGCUUUCGUGAAUAACCACAACAACAAGAAGUACACCACACCCGCUCCAGACAACGAGGAUGAAACCAUACCGGACAACUUUGCUUUUUUCCACUUCGGUAAUACUUACUCGUCGACGCCGAUCUCGGUCAACAACCAUGGCAAACAGACGGCCAAGAACAAUCCAUCAUCACAGCCAUCUGGGCAACAAUCCGUUCCUCAAGCUCCUCCUCAACAACAGCAAUCCCAAAAAGUCUCCCAAUCUCCGCAACGUAGUCCCUAUAUUGCAUUUAGUUCCGUUGGUGGCUUUUUCAAUAAUCAGCCUACCACAAAUCCUAUCAAAGAAUCGUUUGUGUCCAUGCCAAAACAACCGACCAACUCCCAACAACCUCAAAUCAAGCAGAAAAUCCUUGCUGGACCCAGCACUCCCGCCCCGGUAUACGAAAGCAUCAGCAACUCAAUUACUCCAAGCAAUAUCCGGUACACAGUUACCACCCCCAAAACCCCCUUCGAUUACUACCCUCAGAAUAUUUACAUCAACGGACACGAAAAACUGUUGAAGAAUUCGCCCACUUUGGUCACCUUCGCCAGUUUCAACGACAAACCAAUUUCAAUCUACGAAUCAUCCACGCCGAAACCGGCUGCGUAUUUCUCCACCAAAUCGACCAACGGGUUUCAACCGAUCAUCAUGUCAACAACACCCCGGUUUUACCAACCUCCGGCAAGUCCCGCUAAAACGGAGUACAAUCGGUUCUUCGAGAGCAUCAAGAAUACGCACAUCCAGCAGGUCGGCAAUGGUAAGUUCAACAACGGUUUGCAAGACAUCGGGAUACACUAUGUGAAGAACGGAACGACUAAUUUGCGACCGGUUCCAUCAGUGCAGCAAUUCCAGAAGCCGUUCUACGGGCCAUCGACUGCCCGCCCGGUGAAACCUGAGAGCGAAUAUUACUAUGACGAUGAUGACGAUGAGGUUGAGGAUGAUCGAGGUCAUAAGUUUGUGAAAAACACGCUGAGUGGAGGCAGAAGACCAAGUUUUGCAAACCAGCGUCCAAGUGUGGAUGAUGAGGAUGAGUACUACGAUGACGAAGAUGAGGAUGAUUACGAGUAUCGAUACCCGGUGAACAAGUCAAAGUAUACUCCAAUGACGGAAACGAUGGCGCCCAGGCCGUUAACCAAUGUGACCACUCCAAGACCAGCAGGAGGAGUGUCUGGACAUGUCAUGUACCACAACCAUAGAUAUGAAACAACAACUUGGAAACCAAGCACCGUUACUACGCACGCUCCAACAACGAGUAUCAUCCCGCCGAUCAUCCAGUUUCCAGAGGAUGUAUUCCAGGGAAUUCGGCCAUUCAGUGACAUCCCACGAUACUUGAACAAGUCAAGCUCGAGACCGUACGCAGUUCGACAGCGUAUUCGUCCUACCGUAGUUCCAAAUGCGAACCUCAUUGAUGAGACCACGUCGAAGGAACUGCUGCGUACUACUGCGAAAUCGUUCGGUUCCAAGAGCACACUAUUCAAGACUCCCUCUACAGCAGCUCCGUGGACAACGACCACGACGACAACGACAACGACGCCGGCCGCUCCGGCAACCCGGACGCGGAUCGCAACGACGACUACCGUCGCUCCGACCACUAGUGAGACAACCUCGCGCAAACGGUACACGGUCCGACCGAACCGCGGCCAGCAACGCUGGCGCACUACUGACAAUCCCGAACAGCAAGAACAACCUCUUCCCACGAUUAGCACCCGACCGAACAAGAACCAGAACCGUAACAAUCGUUUGGAACUCGAUGAACGGCUACCGAACAGAGUUGAAACGUCUUCACCUGCCCCAAGCAGAUAUGUGCCCGAACAGCCGCAGAAGACCGUAUUGUCUCAAAGUAACAAGAACUACUACAACACCAGCAGCUAUGAUCCAUCAGGUUACGACUCGUACUACGCUGUCUAUGACGAUGAUGUGGAGCUAUACAGAGAUGUUGAAUAUCAACCGCAGUAUAAUCAAAACAACCAGCAGUCGUCUCAACAGCCACAGAAACCCAUCGUGUCGACAACCUACCGGCCAACGGUGGUCACAACCGUUGCUCCAACUUCUCAACGAGAUCAGUCUUCGUAUGUAACUUCUCCCAGAACUACUUAUCAACAGCGUCCGACUUAUCAGGAUUAUGAUGAUGCCCUUGUAUCACAGCUUGAAGAUGAUCGUUAUAAUCAGAAACAAACGCACACGCAACUCAGAAACGAAUUGAACUCAAUCUCAGAUCGUCCGAUUUUGGUAUCGUCAACGAUUCGUACCUUUAACAGUCCAAAAUACCAGACAGCCUUCGUAACAUCACCCGAACCGUUUUCACUUCCAUCAACAACCACAACCAGAACCACUACAACCACCAGAUUUACCACUCCAACAACAACACCCGCUCCGCCACAGUAUUAUACCACAAGAUCAUCGCAAUUGGAUGAAAAAAGCCAUAAAUCAACCCCCAAAUCAAUUAUAUUAACACUCGCAGCACGCGCUGGUCCCCCUGCUACUACGGAAAGUCCCAUCCUUGUGUCCUUUUCCCCAUUUUCCUACACCUCGGCCCGAUCGGCCAGUACAGCCCACUCAAACAUCUACAGACCAUCAAAAAGCACAACCACAACGACUACAACAACUGAACAAUCUCCCAAAAUCCCCUUACUAACAGACAAUGACGCCAGUAAUAUCAAAUCCAUCCGAAUCCCUCCAGAAAUCAAAUUCCACCCCAUUCCUGAAGACAACUACUACGACGAAGAGGAAUAUCCUCUCAGUAAAACAAGGUACGAAUACGGUGAUGAACAUCACGACGAUAGCAGCAAUGAUCCGUCAGACAAAAAGUUUAUCACUCAAAAAUUGCUCCCCGUCAAUCCGCCAUCCUCUAGCUUCGGCUCGUCUGGAAUUCGCGAAGACUCUCCUUUUUCUUACGACCAACCACGGGAUUACUUCUCCUACACAUUCAACAAAUCCCCUGCUACAACAACGUCAACAUCAACAACAACCACCACAACCACAACUACACCAAAACCUACCACAACUACAACUACAACCAGCACGACAACUACAACCACGUCGAGUCCGGUAAUCCAGCGUCAGCGAAUCCAAAGCUACAUUGUUUCGGGCAAUCAGCCGGAAAGCUUCAAACCCUUUCAAACUGUUUCCACUUCGAACGCCCCAGCCAUACCAGACUACGACAGUUAUCUAAGCCCAAUCAUAACUCGAACUCGUGGUCAAAAUACUUUCCUGAAGGCUCUCGGCACUACGCUUUCUGCUACACAACAGUCCACUAUUGCAACCUCCACUACAGCAGCACCUGCUUUCGCAUACUCCUCCAUUGCACCCGUCCAGGUUAAACCCUCCUCUCAGUCGGAUGCAGAGCAGCCCAUCCGACUCACAUUGAGUACUAGUCUGGGAAACUCUCGACCAGAAGUCGCCCAUCCAAGCUUAGCUCAACCUCCACGAUACGUCGUCAACCCCGACCAGUUUGCAUCGAACAAUACAGUUCGGCUUACGCUCAGCACCUCAUUGAGUCACAAUGCAACAUCGACUCGAGCUCCCUUUUUCCCAUCAUCUCCUCGCUACGAAACGCGACCGGAGCAUGUACGCUACCCUACUGGAAGCUCAAGACCUGAGGAGCUCAUUAUGACCACCACCAAUCCCGUCGUGCCGCCAACGCGAUACGAGAUCCGACCAGACCAGUUCGACAAUAACAAAUCCAUCAGAUUAACUUUGAGCACAGGAAUUGGUGCUCGUCCUGCUGUGUCGAAGGGUACCGUUGAAAUCGUAGACCUUACAUCGGUUAAGCCAAGGUAUUCACAAUUUACUGCAUCGGAUGCGGUAACAAUGACUUCCACUGAGCCAUCCACCUCAGCGUCCCCCAGCAAAGUUCUUCGAUUAUCUCCCAGCUCCACACUCUCUCCUACGCGCCCUCGGAGUUACCUCAGUCCUUCUACCAAAUCUAACCCAAGACCAACCAAGGUAAGUUUUCGUGACACUGAUCCAACUUCUUCAAGCGAAUGGGUGCCUUCCUACCCAGAGAGUGUCUUCUCAAGUCCUCAAACCAAUACACUUCAAGAAACCGACGAACAAGAAUUAGAUGAUUCUUUGAUUCCUUUGAAAGUUGAAAAACCUGAACAAAUCUAUCAAGACCAGUUAGGAGUAAAAACAUUGCCCCCCACGCGAUUCCCACCACGAACAACCCCUCCCCCCAAUGCAGCUGCCGAUAGCAAACGACUAGCUGAAGUAGUACAAAGCUCAACCUCUAGAACGCCAUAUUUCAAAGAUGCGCUCAACAAAACUCUUGAGCUAACCACCUCUUCACGCCCUGUGGUGUCACCAUUUAGAAGUCUCGAAAUUCAACGUCAAACCCCUUCCUCUGAUAAGGCAUUCGCUUAUUCGACCUCAAGGGUGUUCUCCAAUAUUUUUCGAACCACCACAGAAACUCCUCGCGAGUCUCCUUUAAGAAGCUUCUUUCUGAUCAAUGGUGCUCCUAAGUUUUCGACUGUAGCUAGAACAUUCACCAGCACUACCCCAGAAAGCACAACAUCUACCACCUCGAGUACUACUACCACUGAACCUCCUACGACUACUACCAGCACGACUCCUUAUACCUCCACUACCACUACUACUGAGCCAACUACCACAACUACAGCUCCAUUAACAACCACAACUACUCCGGUGUCUACAACUUAUACCACAUACAUAACUGAGGACGCCACCUCGACUUCGGUGCCACGGUCCACUGAAGUCUACCGUGGACGAUACCGGCCGGUCUUCAACCUGCCACGAUCGUCCGAAGCCUCCGAGGAAGUAACCACUCCUCGCUAUCGCCUCCGGAAUCGUGGUCCCUCAAGACGGACCUACACCCGGUUGAGGCCAACCUCCCUAACCGGUGUCUAUCGUAACAAUAACACUCAUGUACCUUUUACUAACACUGAGAGCACAGUGCUUUCGAUAUCUACCGAUUACUCAGAUCGCCGUGCAACUCCGACCGCGCUACCCUCGAUCGCUUCCUCGACUAGUUCGUAUUUGAACGAAAUCCGGAGCACCGAUCGGUCCGAUGUUCACGCUGUACCGGUCAAAGCGUCACACUACAAGUCGCGUUUUAGUGACAACAAUGUUGAAGUGUUCAAAAAGACCUCCAUCCCGUCAACAAACUUGACAGAAAAAGUGCAAAUUGUUGAGAUUACCGACAAACCCGUGUACUACACUAGUUACCAUAUGACUUCGACUGAACUGAACUCUUUUGGACCUUCCAGCAAGACUGAGUCUACGACGAAGAAAUUCCGUGCGACAGUAGAGAUGCCCGAAAUGAACAUACCCACCGAAAAGGACCUGUUGUCCUAUCAACAGGACGACAGUGCCAGUCGCGAAGAAGAAGAUGAAGAGGACGAAGAAGAGGAGGAUGAGGUAACUCCGGAGGAGCUAACAGAUUACUCAUAUCUCGAGACGACUAGUGCUGCUACGACUACGACGACCUCUACCACUACCGUUCGGACUGCCAACUCCUACAAACCUCUUUAUCGGUCAAACAAACGCUAUACGACCACCACAACGCCCGAACCGUUGACUGCACGCUACAUUCCCAGUACUGCGACAGCGUAUCGAUUCAACCUAACCAGCACGACGCUGGCAGAUGUAUCGAGUUCGUCAACCAGCACAACUACUGAAGACGUACCUUCGACGACCACCGAAGACUUCGUACCCCGGACAAGUUCCACGUCCAGCUCCAGUACGAUCACGUCCACCACAUCCACCACCUUCACAACCACCCCUAGCUUACCCACAACACUCUCCAUAAACAAGCUCCCACCGCGCGCUUCCAGGGUCAAUAAUGCCAUAAAGACCACGAUUGCGGCCGCACAGCUGCCGCGCCGAUAUAGCAAACCGUCGUCAGCCGGGAAAAGCAUACAAUGUACAGAAAACUCACUUUCCGCCAAGUGCAACGAAAUCCCCUCGAGAGGAAGCAGUAACAGCAAUCGUAAUCGCGGAAACCAGCAGUACAUCACUGAUACACAGUCGACUAUAUCCGCCAACCGAGGAACCCAUCCACCACGUGCUCGCCCGACGCUGAAGCCUGCACAGAACAUCGUUUCGAAAGCGCAGGAGUUCAUCGACAUCUACCGCUACCCACCGAGCCGACCAGAACCUCUAUACCCACAGCCGACCCCCGACAAGACUGCUGCCAAGUGCCGCAAGGACGUAUGCCUGCUGCCGGAUUGCUACUGCGGCGGAAAGGACGUACCCGGAGAAUUGCCCGUCGAGCAGGUGCCCCAGAUUGUGCUGCUAACCUUCGACGAUUCCGUAAACGAUCUGAACAAACAGCUGUACCAGGAUCUGUUCGAGCGUGGACGUGUCAACCCGAACGGCUGCCCCAUUUCGGCUACCUUCUACGUGUCGCACGAGUGGACCGACUACAGUCAGGUGCAGAACCUGUACUCCGAUGGACACGAGAUGGCAUCCCACACCGUAUCUCACAGCUUCGGUGAAGCAUUCUCGCCGAAGAAGUGGGCCCGCGAAAUCGCAGGUCAGCGGGAGAUUCUCUCCGCGUACGGUGGCGUCAAGCUGGAGGAUGUCCGCGGUAUGCGCGCUCCGUUCCUGUCCAUCGGUGGCAACAAGAUGUUCAAGAUGCUGCACGACUUCAACUUCACGUACGACUCGUCGAUGCCGGUGUACGAAAACCGUCCGCCGAGCUGGCCCUACACGCUCGACUACAAGAUCUUCCACGACUGUAUGAUUCCGCCGUGUCCAACCAAGAGCUAUCCAGGUGUUUGGGAAGUUCCUAUGGUAAUGUGGCAGGAUCUGAACGGCGGCCGCUGCUCAAUGGGUGACGCCUGCUCCAACCCACCGGACAUCGACGGUGUCUACAAGAUGAUCAUGAAGAACUUCGAACGUCACUACACUACCAACCGUGCGCCAUUCGGACUGUACUAUCACGCAGCCUGGUUCACGCAGCCGCACCAUAAGGAGGGCUUCAUACAGUUCCUGGAUACGAUCAACUCGAUGAAGGACGUCUGGAUCAUCACCAACUGGCAGGCCCUGCAGUGGGUGCGCGAUCCCACGCCCCUGUCCCGUGUCAACUCGUUCCAACCGUUCCAGUGUAACUAUUCGGACCGUCCCAAGCGCUGCAACAACCCGAAGGUAUGCAACCUGUGGCACAAAUCCGGCGUCCGUUAUAUGCGCACGUGCCAGCCCUGUCCCGAAAUCUACCCGUGGACCGGCAAGACCGGAAUCCGCUCGUCACGGAUCGACAACGACAUCGAAGUGGCCGACACGAACUAAGUCAUAGGCAAAAUGUACUGAAAGCCCCGCGAAACAGAUGAAACUUUAUUUUGUUUGUGUAUAAGAGAGAGAAAAUUUUAUAUGGAUUUGUUAGAGCGAGAAGAAAAUGAGUCAAGAAAAUCGGUCGCCAUUGGAAAGAUAUGAGGCCCGAGGGGUCCACCGACUAAUCGGUACAAAAUGAAACAUUUUGAAAGUCUAGCUGAUUCUUUUCUUUUCUCCGGCGCAAGGUUAAAAGAAAUGCAAUUCAACUAUGAUCUUUUUGUUUCAUUUUAUUUACUUCCACACAAGUCGGUGUGAUUUUCCCAGGGCUGUUAUUUUUCGAUGACGAUGAAAAAACUGUUCACGAAAGCCUUAGGUUAAGUGUUUAGAAUUAGGUAACGUAUAAAACAAAGCUUCGCACUCACUUUUUCACCUCUCCAUGAUAAUUGGUAAUUUAUUGAGUAAGGGGAUCUGCUUCCCGAAAAACUUUAUUCUUCGUCGCAAGCGAUCGGAGAAAAGUUCUUCUGAUAUUAUAUUCAUUAAGUUAUCAUCUUUGGUUUUCUGUAAAUAUGUUUUCUACUGCAAACAUCAUUCAUCGAAAAUGAGAAGAGAAUUCCGUGGAACGAAAACAUGACAAAUACUCACUCAGUAGUGUAAUCAAAAUCUUCAUCGAAAAAACUAUAACCUAUUAGACUUACUCGACUUACAAACCAAACCCGAAAAGAAAACCUAAAGUGGUGAAAAGUAGCACAUUGCCAUAAAAAAUAUCAACGGGUUUAGUCUUCCGAGAAGCCCACAAGCUGCCUUAACCUGUAAAUUCGUUGCUACAAAACAAAAUCCAACCAUUGAGUCUAUUGUCGUUAGCUAGGUGUCCGGAUUCAUCGUCAUCAUGAAAUUUCCUUCAAAUCCAUGUUUUGUAUAAACUAAAAAAAAAACAUUUUAUUGUAAAUUUUAUUUUCCUUGCAAAUUGCUUCUCUACGAACGAAGAUAAACUUACGACGAUGGAUCGCAUACCUGGAUAACAUAAUACUUAAUAAUAAAUGGGAAUCCGAGUUCAAAAACGAAGCAAACACUAAAUUUGAAAUCAUUUUGAGCAGACUUGAUUAAGACACUUGUAAAACGAAUUGAAAUCUAAGAGAAAAGAAUGACACUAAAAUUGAAUAGUGAUAUAUUUAUAGCUAGUUAGAAAAUAAAUUAUAGUAAAAGAAAAGCUGUUGCUAGAACAAAUCUCUAAUCGUAAGACUAAAAGAAAAAGCAAUCUAUUGUACAUAGGUAAGGUUUAUUCAAUCGAUUCCAUAUAUUUUCUACUCCACUAAACAUCUUCACAUAUAUGCUCUAUUUUUAACUACUUUUAAGACGAAGAGUACAGAGAUCGACUUCUUGAGUUAUCGACUUUCCGUUUCGACAAACAGACAUCGCACACGACAAAGUCCUAUGCAUUCAUAUUUUUGCCACAAAUUCAAUAAACUGCCUCUGCUUUCUAAGAGAUCUUUAUAUAUUUUUUUAAUCGUUUUGUAAGAUUUUGUCUAUAACAAUACGUGUACUUUAGUGAUAUGUAGCGAGGGAGAUAGAGAGAAGUUUAUCCGUAACAGAAAAUGCACUAUUUUCACAACUAAAAAGAGACAACUACGAAAGAUAAACUCCAGGAGAAAAAUGGAAUAUCUUUACCGAAAAUGUAUUGUAUAAACGAAAAGAGUAGAACCUACACCAUGCUGUCUGCUGACGAAACAUGCACAAAAUAGGUACGACUAGAUCGGUGAUGUGAUAAGCAAUAAAAUUGGAUAAAAUGUCAAAGCAAAACAAAAAACAUUUACUGUAUCGGAAGUAAAACAAUAAAAUAUGACAAAUUUUUAAUAA